UUCAUUCAGAUGAGAGCACAAAAUUUACGUUUUUUUAAAUCACACUCACCAUGCCUCUUAUAUAUUAUGAUCGCACUAUUAACUCUCCCCAGGAGCUCAUCAUGGCAGGACUGCGGGACUUAACCACGGGCUCCUCCCUUCGCGAUCUGGCCACCUUCGUGACGAGGAAGACGGGCUUUCCGGGCGAAGUCUGCUUGAAGGUAAUCAUGGAGGCCCUCGAGGAGGCCAUGGCUUGCAAGACCAUACGGCAAAUAGACGGGCUCUUCUACGACAUACCGCCGAAACCGCCCCGUUUGCCCGCUCGACAAAAAUUUAAAAUACCGCAACCAAAGCCGGCGAACGACUGCUGGGAUAAUUAAUUCAUAAUGCCGAGAGUAUCUGCUCGAGUGGCCAAGAAGAGCAGAGCAAACACUUUA